AUGAGGGGGAGUCUAAAGACGCAUGGGGAAAUCUGAGAGGCGUUCUCAUAUUCCAUUCAAUCACAAUAGAAGCCAAACAAAAUAACCAAAGAAAGGAAAUCUACUGCAAGAGGCCUAACAUGACACCCGAUCUGUGCCCAUCAUUCAGUCUGACUGAAUGCGAGGUCGUGUAGUCUACCCCACCUGGGCAACCGGGAUAUCAGUAAUGUGACGCCUUACCUAUAUAUUGCUUUCAAGUCUAUGUGGCGAGUGACAGAGGAAAGCGCACCGACUGAAUGCUGAAAGUCACUACUACAUUAUUUGUGCACCUACAUGGAUAACUGUCAUCAGUAAUAACAACAAAAAUAUCAACAUUAAGAAAAGUUGUCGACGUAAAUAGCUCGUCUCAAGAAGACCAAAAGGGGCGCAUAACACAGCUUGGAUACAACACACAACUUGGAUACAAUUUAAACUGCCCUUUCCACGGUUUUCUUUUUUGACUUGAAGACCUGGUCCAAUUGACUGAAAGCAGUUUUUGUUUCUGCAUAAGCACCGAAACCUACAUCCCUUGAGUGACUGAAAGUAGGGGAUAGCUCCUGGAAGACCAGAUACAGAAGCAAGAAAUAAACCAGAAGAUUGAGACUGCCUUCUGCCAUUCGUUAAGGCAAUCACUCCCCGACAGAUCCGACUGAACUGCCGCAAGCGGCGCCGCGCGUCAGAAGAACAUGCCGGUCCAGAUUCCGGACGAUACCGAUUUCACCUCCUUCAAAGAACAGUGCGAAAGCCAGGACGGAUGGACAGCCAGAUACAACAAGGGAGGGGUGACGGUGUGGUGCAGAGAAGAAGAGUCUAAGACUGUGCAGAAACUGAAGAUGAGGAUAGUGUGUAAGGAUGUGACGGCAGAGACACUGUACGAUGUCCUCCAUGACACAAGCUACAGGAAGAAGUGGGACAGCAACAUGAUUGACACCUUCGACAUCGGGAGGCUGACAGUGAAUGCAGAUGUGGGCUAUUAUUCCUGGAAGUGUCCAAGCCCACUGAAGAACAGAGACUUUAUCACCAUGCGGUCCUGGCUCCCUCUGGGAAAUGACUAUUUGAUCAUCAAUUACUCUGUCAAACACCCGCAAUACCCUCCAAAAAAAGACUAUGUGAGAGCUGUAUCUCUGCUGACUGGCUACCUGAUUCAAUCCACUGGCACAAACUGUUGUACUCUCUACUACCUGACUCAGGUGGACCCAAAAGGUUCCUUACCCAAGUGGGUGGUCAAUAGAGUCUCUCAGUUUGUGGCCCCAAAGGCCAUGAGGAAGAUCUACAAAGCCUGCCAGAAGUACCCAGAGUGGAAGCGCAAGCACAACCCCAACCUGAAGCCGUGGAUGUACCCUGAGCAGAACACCCUGCCCUGCAUCAACAUAGCCGACCUGACCCUGCAGAGGGCUGACUCGCUGGAGAACAUUGACGAGAGCAGCCUGAGCGAGGAGAAGUCGCACAACAACAGUGAAGAGGAGGAAACCUAAUCUUCCUCUGGGGAAACCCCACCCAUGGAGGAGGCAGUAGAGGGAGAACAGGAUUUAUUGACUGUAUGUGUAUAUAAGCUUGUGUGUGUGUGUGUGUGUGUGCGUGUGUGUGCACAUGCAUAUUUUAUUUGGCGUGAUGCAAUAUGGAUUUGUAUCGCAACCUCUGGUCUUUGUGGCGAUCUUUGGAUUUUGGACUGAAUUUACAUAGGACAUUUUGAAAAGCCUCCAAAGAUCCAUAUCAGGGACAUAAAAACACAAUUUUGACCCACCCCAGUUUCUGUAUUCCAGCUAGAUUCUGGUGAAUGGCAAUGUGAAAUAUCAAAAAUGUGGGAACAGUUAAAUGGUUUUUACCUUGAGCCAAAAACUAAUUUAGGAAUAUCUGCUAAUUGGACUGCAAUCUUACUGAGAAAAUUCUGCUGUGCAUCCAAAUUUUGGUUCUCUAGAAUGACUGCAACCUUAUAGGCAACCCAAAAACCUUGGAGCUUUUGGCACUGAGGGGAGCCUUGUUGCUGUGUGAUUUGUGCUGCUUCAUCUCCAAGGCAAACUCCCUCAAGCUAGAAUGGUGUUUUGAGCAGCCCCUCUUGGGAGAAACUCAGCAUGUGGUAAUGCUUGCUACUGGGCAGUGGAAUUUGCCUGACCCCGCCCUCCCCCACCAAUGCAGGAAUCUGGUCACCAAGGCAGUUGUUUUAAGUGAGCUCCACAGAAAAUGGAACCACAAGUGUCACAGUGCAGUAACUUCUUGGAGACAAUAAUAGUGGGUAGCUGUGAAAAGACUUCAAAAUAAUGUCAUGAUAAAGUCAGAUAAUGAGAUGGGUUCAUCUUGGAGUCAUCCACAAGUCCUUCAUACCACUCUUCCUGUCUAUAUUUGCGUGAUUUCACAUCAGAAGCAUGUUACCAAUUAAUUUAUAGAUUGUAAGGUGUAAGGGGAAGUUAAAUGAAAUACAAUUCUGAAUAUCUCACAUUAUUUAUGAGGCAUAUCAUCAUAUAUGCAUUGUCCUACCCAUUUUGAUGAAAUGAGUACCUUGUAGAGGUGUGCACAGGUAAAGUGAAUUCAUGGUAGUAAUCAAAUGCCACACUUAGUCACAACUGGUCACCAUCCAGAUAAUUGCAGUAAAAUGUAACAAACCAGUCAGGUGUCUCAAGACGUACUGGUUAGUCACAUGGUAACAUUCUAAUACCUGACAUUUUUGUAUCUGUUUGAUUGUACUGCAGUAACCACAGCUCUCGUACUGUGUCUUGAGUUUAUUAAACUCUAAAAUAUAAGUAUAGAGAGGCCUAUUAGGCAUCUCCAGCCUCAUUAGUGUCAGCCUGAUAGGCAUUUAUUGAUGUGCUUUUUUUUUCUUUUACAAGGCCAUGCUUGGAAUCUCCAAAACACAAGCAAUAGACCAGACAUUCUAAAGAAGUUAAGUCAAAAAAAUCAGUGCAAUCAUAUUUAUUUUCAUAGCUGACAAUAGUAGACUGUAUUUUAUAAAACUAGGAAAUGUAAUUCAAAAUAGAAUAGUAUUGACAAAAUAAAUCUAUUUUGUGCAUGCAGAUUUGAGGAAAGGGGCAAGUUAUCUCUUAUCUUUGUCAGUCUUAAUAUUUUACUAAUAGUUUUGAAUUAAGCAUGCUUCAACCUAUUGAUGCAAUUUGCCUUUAUUUGAUUUGAUUCCUUUAGAGUUUCUAGCUAAUACAGUGAACAGUUAUGACACAACAUUGAAAUGUAACUAUAUAUUUUUGGAGGAUUGUGUUUGACUAAAACAGAAGAAUAUAAACCCCUUCUUCUUCUUUUUUUCUUCUUUGGCUCAGCCUUUGUCAGUGUUUUCAAUGUAAGCCACUUCCUCUUGGAAAUAAGGAGUGAACAUUAUUUACCAGCAAAAUUAUCUGUCAUUUGAUACCUUGGCCAAGUGCAUGAAGUGAAUGUAAAGAUGACCACAACAACAAUCCAUGGAAAUACAGUACAUGCAGUGUGGGAAUAUGAGGUUGUGUAAAGGCCACUGGCUCUGUCUCUCCUGUUUCCAUUGAUACUGUACAAUAUAUGACAGCUGUGAAGUCAAACUCAAAAGGGAAGACAUAGCUUAAACAGUUGCCACAGAAGUUGCAUUAACAGUUGGUUUCACAGCUUGCUGUUUUAGAUGGCACCAUAGUGCUUGGAUAAUCUGAGUGUGCAGAUUCUUACCUUCUUUAAUUGUUUCACUGCAUUUUAUUCUUGAGUUUAUUUUUCCUUUUUUGAAUAAAAGUACAUGUCUGAUUCAUGG